UUAGCUACUAGCAUUUUUUGGUAGUGAUGUGUCAACACUGCUAUUUUGCUAACAUGGCAUAAAAAAUAAUAAUUACCUAAGUACUUAGGUAUAACCAAUAUUAUGUUAAAAUGUUAUAAACAUAUCAAGACCAUUUUCUAUUUAGAUUUGAUAAUAAAUCUUAGAUUGGCCCUGACUGUUGAAUGAAUGUAUACAAUGUAUUUCUUAAACAGAUUUUAUUAACCUAUAGAUUUGUAAGUAGGUAUUUAAAUACUAACUAGAGCAUGCAUUUUUUUUGACUUAGCCUAGCUAUGAACCACAUUACAAUUAGGUGUUUAUUCUUGAUCUGUGUAAAGGACUGUUGCUAUUAUCGAUCUUCUGUUUUAAAGUAGGUAUUCGGCAAUCGUCUAAAUAUGUAAGAAGUGUGUUACUCAUGUGUUUCGGCGGUUUACAGAAGGAACGUUUCCUAGAUACCCGACGGUAAACGGUGAUCGCGUAUCCAAGAAUAAACACCUUUCUUGUGAAAGCUAGGUAAAGGUUUCGUUGUUGUAUUCACGAAUAACAAAACGCGUUUCGUGAUUUUAGCGUCAUCGUCGCUACUUUGUGUCCGCCCGCAACACGCGCUUCUCCAGUGUUGCUCGUCUUAUAUGAAGCUUUGAACGUCUUGUUGAAAAUAAUUACCAAAAAUGUCUUCAAGACGAAGAAGUAGGAGUAGGGAUAAGAAAGUUGUGGCAGCCAAACUUAGAAUGGAUACAAAACCCGUGGCUAUGCGAAUUACAGACCCUAGUUUACCAGCUGGCAGGAGAAGAGAAAUAGAUAAUGUUAUGAAAAAAGCUAGGGCCCAAAAAUCACCAAAUUCUGGCGUAUUUUGGGACAAAAAACUUUUGGAGGUCGAGGCUAAAGAUCCGAACAGGUGGUGCCACAGCGGCUACAAGUCCCUCUACAUCGACGGAUCGCCGACACCAUCUUCUAACGGUAGACGAAGUCGUUCGCGCUCGCCCGCCGCCUCACCUGUAGGUCGCCGCUCGCCACUGGGUCGUCGUUCUUCGCCCCCGAUGCGCCGCUCGUCGCCGUCGAUGUACGGGGGGCGGUCGACGCGGUCGCCCCGUACGGCGCGUUCUCCACGCUCUCCGAGAUCGCCGCCUCCCCGUAACGCACGCUCUCGCUCCCGAUCGUCGUCGCCUAUUACGCGCCGCCGAUCAUCGCCGCCGUCUUACAGAAGGGCGCCGAUGGGAGGCAGGCCCCGUUCUCCACCUUCGCCAAGGGAACCGCCGUCGUCCAGGCACCCGAAAAGGAGGUCCGUAUCGAACAGUUCGAUCAGCAGCUGUUCCGAUGAUUCGUGCUCGGUUUGUUCUCCUAAGGCGCAUAGGAAUGCCAGGACCAGGUCUAGGUCAUUCUCGCCACGAGCUCGCAAAGUUCCGUCGAAAAGUGUCGUUUCCCCUCCACCUAAACCUCGUGUCCGCGCACGUCCUCCUUCUCCUGCUCCAGUACCCAGAAGACUUCAUAAACCCACCACUCCUCCCCCAAUGCAGCGCAAAAUGAUGAAACCCAGUCCUUCUGACAGACCGACGGAUCCUAGAAGACAACCACCUCCUCCUAGACCAAGAGGCAGUACUGGAGAAAUUAUUAACGUCAGAGGAGUCAAGCCUCCUGUCAAGCUUGGUGCUGUUAAAAAACCUGGAGAAAAAGGGAUGGUUAAACCGAUGAUGUUGAAACGAAUUAAAAAAGAACGUACCGGCAACAGAACUGGCUCUCCUGGCGGCGAGUCCUCCGGUUCAGCCGAUAGCGGCCCUUCCGCUGUGAUACCCACGCCCAUCGUAGCGACCACUAAUUUGACUCUAUCCGAUAGAUUCGGUAAAAUUGCACAAUGGAGUGCUGACAGAGAAAGAAGAGAAAUGGAAAAUAUGAAAAUUACGAAAACUGGUAGCAACAUGAAAGUUUUAGUAGAAGAAGAUGAAUUCUUGUAUGGUAGCCCACCUAGAAGGUACAGUUUAUCUCCGGUACCAACUGGUCACUUCCCAGAAAAGCUCAGAGCGUCCGGUCCAUCAAGAACAGCAGAAUGGGACGACGUCCGUGUUCGCUAUCAGUAUUACAAAGAUUUAGGCUACUUGCGCGACCUCUCGCUGGACGACUACGUCAAAUGGGAGGAGUGGUGGUACAAGUACCAGGACUGGUUGGCCAACGAGAGGCACUACGAGCACUGGCUGUCCACGCAAGGCACCGGCAGACGAAGAGGCAAGAAACGCCUGCCCGCCUCGCAACGUUUGAACUAGAAUCCGUCGAUCGGGGUUUUCGUAACGCGUCAAACCGUAACGGUCAAAUCGCGAUUUUUUUUUUAAAGCAGAUUUGGAUUUCAAAAUUUCAGGCUAUGAUUGUGUAUUAUUGCCGGGUUUGUUCUAACACCUCGUCAUGGUUUUCCAUUUAAAACUGAUGGGUAUAUCACCCAAGGUAAAGUAAUCCUUCCUUUUGCUUCACAUGUUCGGUUUUAUCUGUUAUUUGUGAUUUCAUGUCCCAAAUUUUGAUGUCCAGUACGACAAAUAUAGCUGAAGCCACCAAUAAAAUAGAAGAGCGGAGUUCAGUUCAUUUCGGUUUUUCCAGAUGAACACUUGUAUUUCUUAAUACAUUGUAGAAGUUGUAAAUGCUGUAAAAAAUCGCGUUUUGAGUACUCAUGAAAUUAUACAUUUAUAACAAUUCUAAAUCACUACCAAUGUUGUUUAAAAGGUCAGCAUAAAUGUCCAUUCUCGAUUCCUUUUGCUCUGGAGGUGAGAAGUUUUUCGCGAAUCAAUUUACCAAUUUGCAUGUACCACCACGUCCAUCAAGCUCAGGGUGGGAGACCCAUCAAUAAGCACAGAUCUGUAUUUCUGUAGUCUUCCAUCAAAAUUUGUAGAUACAUACAUUAUUCUAGUAAUUCUCCCGUUCUGACUUAGACGAUUGGUUUUUUUUUAUGAAUCUCUUAUGAAUCUCCGAGUUGGCUCCGCCAUUCUCGAGAUUUGUUUAUCAUGUAUAGGUCUUAGUUGGGACUUUCUUAUAUAGCACAUCGAAGUUUUAGAG